AUGGAUGACUUGGUGAGACUGAAGAAUACUCUGUUCCAGAACUAUACUAGGGACUUCCGUCCUGUUUAUAACAUGAGUGACCCGAUACACGUGACAAUCGAUAUGUUCCUGAUCUCUAUUUUAGACUUAGACGAAGUGACCGGUACAAUCACCCUAAACUGUGGUCUCACAUUGUUUUGGACUGAUUACCGCCUUGCCUGGAACCCAAACGAAUUCGGUAUCACCUCUUUCGUGUUUAACUCGUCAAAUGUGUGGAAACCGCGAAUUUACAUUACAACAUCAGCUGACGAUUUGUCGGAUUUCUCUUACGACGCUUUCGAUGUAAGGGUGAAUUCUAACGGCACGGUAUUUGCGUCACCAGGUCGACAUGUAAAGGCUAGUUGCAGCUUCGACAUGACCAGAUUUCCGACUGAUUCACAAACGUGUGUCAUGCAAAUUGCGUCAUGGAUAUUCGCAGCUUCUGAGAUGGUAUUCAUCAUAGCACGACCACAAAUCAACAUGGUUUACUAUAAACCUAAUGGGGAGUGGGAUAUUGACUGGACGUCUGUCACAAACAACACUGAUUUCGGAUCUUACUAUUCUGUUUUAGACUUUUCAAUACAUCUGACAAGACGUUCUGCAUACUUUAUUAUAUCCAUGACUAUACCAGUGCUACUCCUUUGCUUUCUCAACCCGUUCGUGUUUUUCUUGCCCACCUCCUCAGGAGAGCGGAUUUCCUACACAAUCACCAUGUUCCUGUCGUUGGCCGUAUUUAUGACACUUAUCGGAGAAAAUAUGCCAAAGGUUUCAGAUCCAAUGGCAGGGAUUUCCUAUUUCCUCUUCGUGGCUAUGUUGUACAGUUGUCUGCUGAUCGUGUUGACGAUAUUCACCCUGCGCUGUGGCGCUAAGAACGAUAAACACAGGUUCCCUGGAUGGUUGUUGCGGUUAGCCUCACGAAAAGCAUUUCACAAAUCAGUCAACAGCAUCAAUAAAGUAGAUGACGCCAAUAAAGUCAAAAUUGUCCAGGUGAUGGAGUAUGGUAAUGCACCUGAGGAGACAAUUUCUCACGGAGACGAAGAACUACAAAAGACUUUGGCGUACGCAUAUAAACAUUUUCAACGACUGAACAUGGGAAGGAUUUUUGUAUUGCUUCUGUUUGUGAUAUGCUUUGACGUCAUCCUAUCACAAGGUACCAUGGAUGACUUGGUGAGACUGAAGAAUACUCUGUUCCAGAACUAUACCAAGGACUUCCGUCCUGUUUAUAACAUGAGUGACCCGAUACACGUGACAAUCGAUAUGUUCCUGAUCUCUAUUUUAGACUUAGACGAAGUAACCGGUACAAUCACCCUAAACUGUGGUCUCACAUUGUUUUGGACUGAUUACCGCCUUGCCUGGAACCCAAACGAAUUCGGUAUCACCUCUUUCGUGUUUAACUCGUCAAAUGUGUGGAAACCGCGAAUUUACAUUACAACAUCAGCUGACGAUUUGUCCGAUUUCUCUUACGACGCUUUCGAUGUAAGGGUAAAUUCUAACGGCACGGUAUUUGCGUCACCAGGUCGACAUGUAAAGGCUAGUUGCAGCUUCGACAUGACCAGAUUUCCGACUGAUUCACAAACGUGUGUCAUGCAAAUUGCGUCAUGGAUAUUCGCAGCUUCUGAGAUGGUAUUCAUCAUAGCACGACCACAAAUCAACAUGGUUUACUAUAAACCUAAUGGGGAGUGGGAUAUUGACUGGACGUCUGUCACAAACAACACUGAUUUCGGAUCUUACUAUUCUGUUUUAGACUUUUCAAUACAUCUGACAAGACGUUCUGCAUACUUUAUUAUAUCCAUGACUAUACCAGUGCUACUCCUUUGCUUUCUCAACCCGUUCGUGUUUUUCUUGCCCACCUCCUCAGGAGAGCGGAUUUCCUACACAAUCACCAUGUUCCUGUCGUUGGCCGUAUUUAUGACACUUAUCGGAGAAAAUAUGCCAAAGGUUUCAGAUCCAAUGGCAGGGAUUUCCUAUUUCCUCUUCGUGGCUAUGUUGUACAGUUGUCUGCUGAUCGUGUUGACGAUAUUCACCCUGCGCUGUGGCGCUAAGAACGAUAAACACAGGUUCCCUGGAUGGUUGUUGCGGUUAGCCUCACGAAAAGCAUUUCACAAAUCAGUCAACAGCAUCAAUAAAGUAGAUGACGCCAAUAAAGUCAAAAUUGUCCAGGUGAUGGAGUAUGGUAAUGCACCUGAGGAGACAAUUUCUCACGGAGACGAAGAACUACAAAAGACUAAGGUUGCCAUGUGA